CAAUGUGACGAAAAUCAAAAUUUGAACUUUGUUGAAAUAGUGGUUGAAAUAGAGACAAUCGAGGUUGAAGAUUGCAACUAUAGAGAUUAUAUCUUAAGAACGUUAUUUUCAUAUCUUUUAAAAAACAAGAUUGUGACCUUAAUAGUUAUUAUAAACUGAAAGAAUUUAAUAACUGUUCUACAAAAAUUUUCUUCAAUUAUUUUCAUUUCAAAAAAGAAAUUAACACCGCGGGAUGGAUUGAAUCCAAAACGAAUUGUUUCGUGCAAGGAUAAAUUAUUAUGUGAUGUAAUCAAAGUGGAAAGAUAACGAAUCUAUUAUAGUAUAAAAUCAGUGCUUUUUAAAAAAAGAUACGCGGUACUAAAUGUAGAAUUAUAAUGUUUUUCGGACGAUUAUUGUUCACUGUGUUCUGCCUUGAAAUAGAAGUUUUUUCUUUCCUCGGGGCUGAAGAUGUGAACAUACGUGAAGUCUUUGCAGACAAGGGAACCAUAAACGUAACAAUACCGUGUGGGGAGCUCCUUACUGUACCACCCCCUAAUGUGCAAUGGGUGCACAGGGGCCACAAGACUCAUCACAAUGUUUUGGCUGACGGUAGUCUGCUCCUGAAGAAGAUAGGAACCGAAGACGCUGGACUAUACGAGUGCAGUCUUGAAAAUGAGACAGAUUAUGUCGACAGGGUCAACUUGACCGUACGAACGGAGCCCCCGCCUCUAGUGAACGUUACCGUCCAUUCCUCGACUAUCCUCGCUCUGAUCCUCUGGAACGUGGCCGGAGACGGUGGUCAUCCCAUCAUAGAUUUCACCGCUCAGUAUAGAUCGGCGAUGCCAGUCAACGGGACAUUGGAACCGUGGAGGCCAAUCAGCCCCAAUCACAUUAGUCCUAAUUCGCGUCAGAUCGACGUGUACCAUUUGGAGCCGAACGCCUCGUACUGGUUCCGAGUUUGGGCGACGAACGUGCUUGGACCGGGCCCCCCAGUCGAAGUGCUCGCUACAACCCUGUACAGUGAUCAGGAAGCAGAGCUGUACAAACACUUCCUAGAGGGCGUCGAGACCUUCGACACGAGGACGUGGGUGGCGGCAGUCUGCGUGGUGAUGGGCACGCUGCUGGUGCUCGCGGUCGGCACCUGCGCCGUGCUCUGCCGCGAGUGGCGACGCACCGAUUACGGGGACGAUCAGGAUUUAAUUGAACUAGUGCCUAACAUCAUUCUGAAUCCGGGCUUCAUGGAAAUGGACCCGAUUCGACCGCGGGAGGUGUUCGGCGGCUCGAUCAUCAGGUCGACGGAGUGUCCGGGCCCGGGGAAGCCGAGGAGGGUUUGAUUCUCGUCCAUACUUAACCUUAGGAUACUGUAUCGCACCGAUUCAGGAUUCUUAUCAUGAUCUUGGGUCUUUCUUGAAACAGAUGACGUCAUCGAUGCCUGUUUCAGUUUUGCAUAAACAUUUCAACCGUAGACUGCUUUAUGGUUCUUGGUUCCUUGUGGUAUUUUAUGGUUGUUGGAAAAGAACGAAGGGAACAGUUCGCGAAUACCCGUGCAUCUGUCUUCUUUGCUGUUACUGAAUCAAAAUGUCGAUGGUCUAAAAAUUUUUCUAUCUAUCAGUUUUUUUUUUUAAUAACUAAACUAGUUUCCUUUAUUCGCGGCCCAAAGACUUCCAUGUUGAGAGAUUUUCAAACUGAACCUUUUAUCUAAAACUGAUGAUCUGUUUUUCUAUACUACAAAAAAAAGUCAAUUAGUCCCGAACAGAUUUCGAUGAUAUUUCGCACAAAAGUGAGUUUGUGCAGUUUGUGUUUGCGCAGUGACACUGCAUAAGUGACAUAAUUGCUGUAACAAAUACGAAAAUGUAUGCGAUGGUUUCUUAAUUUACGUAGUAACGGAUUUUCAAGUCGGCCGGUUGUUUAUGGUCCCGAGAGUGUGACAAAGGGAACUCUUUAUUUCGCGGAAAAUGGAACGUUUUACAUUCCGAAACCACGCGACGGGACUGGUUGGUAAUAAUAUCCAGAAAAGAAUAUGCCUACCACGAGAUUAAUCAAACGAGAACCUUAAAUACACCACUGACAGUUGUGUCAAUUUGACGUUGACAGUUCGCGACGAGACCUGACCAUCGACACAGAUAAUAAAAUUCAUCAGACUUGUUUGUUUAAUUGGCGAAAGGGUAAUGUGUGACAUAUCAAUUUGGUUAAUAAUUAAAAGGACAAACGUGUAUGUGUGUCGAAUCGGUGCGAUAGAGUGACUAAUGGUUGAAGGCCGCAGAGCCUGUUGUUACUUUGUAAGUUAUUGAAACGAAAUAUUUUCUCAUAAUGAAACUCAAAGGCUAAGGGAUUCGUAAGGCGUGGUUUCGAUUUCUAAUGUUUUAGUACUAAUCGACUAGUUCAAAAUUCUGAAUACUGCGCUCUCUUGAUGAUGGGAAACUUCCGAUCCGGUAGCAGAUUCAUUCCCGAAACAGCUACUCUUGAGGUGUUAAGUCUCUCUUGGAGGCGCUCGGGUAGCUGUUAGCAAAUCCCGUCCCUUCUGACUGAACCCUCGUCCACCUGUCCUUGUGAAACUGGAAAGGCCUCCUGGCCACCAGUAAAACCUCAAUCAUAAAGAAAAAAGAAGAUGGAAAGAAUUUGGUAAAAACCGAAAUGCCUACCGGUAAAAGCUACUGUCAUGCUUAAUAUAACAUAAUGAGAAAAUAAUUCGAUCUACAUUUAAGCUUUUAACCACCAACGAGAGAGAGAGAGAGAGAAAAAACUUUAGUUUUGUAAAAUUUUCACUUUUUCGUAAUGUCAACGCGUUACAUGAAUCAUGAUUCAUAAUGAUUUUCCGCCAAGAUCUUUUUUUUCUAUUUUAUUCGAUUGUAAAAUGUAAAUAAAAGCAUUGCUUGCAUUUACUUUUUUUGAUAUACAUAUUUAUACAAAGUUUUUUAUUGUUAUAAUCAAAACGGAAGCUUAGAUAUUAUAUUCAGUGUACAAAACAAUUUUUAGAAAAAAGUUUUGCUUAUCCGUUUGUCGUGUUUUCAAGUUGUUUAGCGAAUAAUGAAUAAUGUGACGGUAGAUUAAUUUAUUUUGAUAUAUUUUUAGCGUACGGCAAUACAUUUUGCGAUCUCAUUGUAACGUUACGUCGAUGACAAUUUUAUUUAACGUAAUCGUGAUUCGACACUGUGAUUUAUUGUUUUCCAUAAAUUAAUAAUGUUUUUUUUUUUUUUUCGUCAUUCAAUCAUUAAGCUAAGGAAACUAUGCGUGUAUAUUUUAAUACGUACGUUUUGUAUAGAGACUGGUGCGUUGAGGAAAUCGCAAUAUUACUUUAGUAUAAUAUUAUUAUAAGUCAGUAGUGCAGAGUGUCAAGCUUUAUAAUAUAUACAGCGUGUUCCAUGAGGGUUUAUCGAGAACUGUUAUGACGUCAUUAAAUCGACAAAAGUAACUUAAAUUAUACAUUUGACUCUAAACGGCACCCACCAAACACUGGACUACAUUUACGAGUACUCGCGGUCAUUGAACUCUACUUGAAGGAGCUUUGAGACAAGCUUUAUCUUGACGGAAUAUAUAGGUAGCGGUUGACCUUGAGCUACAAUGAUCAUUGAUCACUCACUAUCAGAUAUGCCUUAGUCUAUUUUUUAUCGCUAUCGUGCGCAGGCAAGCUUACGGUCUAUCUGAUAACGAGUAGUCGCCUUGGAAUUGUGGCAAAAAAGUCCUUCGCAGGGAACGCGAAAAUAGGUCAUCAGUAUACAGAGACAAUAAAAAAAUGCGUAUUUGUUAAUGUCAUCGAGAAAUCCGGGUCGGUGACAAGAUCCUUGGUCCGUCUAGCAAAGAAUCAUUCGAUAAACUUUAAAUGGAACUCGUUAUCUUUACGAGUGUUAGUCCACCGCUUUAAAAACGAGGUUCAUGUUGAGACAAUAUUAUAAUAGAAAAUUUAAAUAUUAUUCAUGUUAUGUAGGUAACGCAUCACACACGUAACGUUGAAGGCGCGACGCAGACACUUGUAGUUUAGCCUUUAAAUGUAUACAACAUAGACAAGAUACAACAAGACUCGAAUGAUAAGACAGAUCUAACUAGGAAUUUGUAGACUUUGGGGUCAUACUCAUAGAAGAGACUGAGAAAUGCAUAAUGCCAUCGUAACUUCAGUUUUAAUACGAUGGUAUUAAAACUGAAGGUUUUUAAUGAGAAACCACUCUACCAGGUUACGAGCAACGCCCACUCCAGGAGUGACUACAUUCACAAUCUUCCAGCGGUCUCUCUUCCUCUCAUAUCUGAACAAAUAUUUCUAUUACACACAAAAAACAGAGCGUUUAAAGGCUAAACAAAUAAAAAAAAACAUUUCCAAAUAGGUUGAUAUAUGAUAUAUGUUAUGUUAUAUAUGCAUUGUAAGAUGUUUGAGUUGUGGAAAAGCAGAUGUUCGUAAUGAAAUAUUACAUUAAGAUGUGACGUAGAACAAAAUAAAAUACUACACAGCUCGGAGAGGUCGUGGGAAAAUGUUCCAGCCAUGUUGUAGAUGUCUAUGGGCUCCGGUGAGCGCUUAAUACCAGGUGGGCCGUGAGCUCGGGCAUCCAUCUAAGCAAUAAAAAAAUAAAAUAAAAACAUAUUUUAACUUGUCGCAUGCAAAAAGGAAACAAGACAAGGUUGUAUAUGCUUAUGUAUGUAAUAGUAGUCCGCGCGGGUAGAUACCACAACCUGCCUAUUUCUACCGUGAAGCAGUAAUGCGCUUCGGUUUGAAGGGCGGGAGAGCCGUUGUGACUAUACUCAGACCUUAGAACUUAUAUCUCAAGGUGGGUGGCGCAUUUACGUUGUGGAUGUCUAUGGGCUCCAGUAACCACUUAACACCAGGUGGGCUGUGAGCUCGUCCACCCAUCUAAGCAAUAAAAAAAAAAAAAAGGUUAGUCUUAUAAGUCUGUUGCAUGUCGAAAGUGUUAAUUAAUUAAUGAUUAUACAAUGAAAACUAUAUGUUUGUGGCGUCAGGGGCUGGAACGUUCUCGCAUCGCACCGUCCCGUUACGAAAGUUCUCGAUGUAACUAGUUUAUAUUGUUGUGAAUUUACAGAGCCGUUUAUUUUUGUAUACAAAGCGUGUGCAUAUCAGGAGAGCCUUAGAUAUUAAAUAAUAAAUAAGAGUUAAAAAAAACCCCCUAACAUUUCCCUCUUCGAGUAUUUCUAAAUCUUUCUUCUACGUCUUGCCUUUGCGUGUCUUUUAUUCUUCAAAUUGCAUUAACUAGGUAGGAUGUACGUGGUGUUAUUGUCGUGAUUAAAACCCCUUCUUUGAGCCAUAUAGGAUUUGAUUACAAAAAUUACGAUUUGUUGUUAUAUAGGGUGCUUGGUUAGCUCACAAUAAACCACGCAGCACGGGCUGCUCAAAUGAUCCGUCCCUUGAAGCAUCAGAACUUUGUCCUUGAAAUUGGCUAUGAUCUGUCUCCUAGAUCGCAUUAAAAGCUGACUAUCGAUGCAACAGAUACAACACGGUAGCUAUCUCUAGUAACUAAUAUUCAUAUAGAGUUAAUUAAUAUUCAUAAUAAAAAGUAACACCAUGUACAUACAUCAACAAAAGCUAUGCCUAAAUCAUCUUUUCGCACCAUUAGAAUCGAAGUGGCCUAAUCCAAAAUCUUUGAUUUUUGGUAAACGCCAAAAAUGUAAUUGAAAAAUUGUAAUCCUUCAGUUUCGAUUUUUAACUCUUUAAGCCUUAAAGCGCAAACCUUAAAGCUUCAGGUACUUAUGCGCUCCAUUUAAAAGAUACGGAAAGUAAACCUUUGUCCUGUUUUAGACUAAAAUAUAGUUUUAAUUUUUUUUUUAUCUGAUAUUAUAAACUGAUAGAAUACAUCUUUAUAAGUGGUUCAAAGUAUAAAACUGAUUUUCUUCAAAUGUUUUGGUUAAGCUACUUCAAUUCUAAAGUUGGGUUGUGCUUUCAUCGUAUGCGAGAAAUAGAAUAUAAAUCGUAUAUAAAAAAAUAAAAAAAAAAUCGUCCGUCUUGCGUACAUCGUGCUAAUAUGUCAAUUAAUCGUAAAUUUUAUUAAUUAUUACUAUAAUAUAUCUUAUUCAUAAUUAAUAAUGGCGUGUUUUGCACUUUAUAUUUCUUCUCUGGUGGCUUUAUAUGGCGAAAAGUGCACGCUUAUGUCAUCAUCAUUAUCAUCGAUGAUGAAUGAUGUGGCAUUGUAUUAAUAUUGAGAAUAGAUCUUCAUUCCAUCAAACAACUACAUUAGUGGAAAAAAUAAGGGACGAAAAGUAAUUCUGAUUUUUUCGGCUGUAUGUAACUUCAAGAAAAAUGUUAGUACAGAAAUAAAAAUGUAUUUAAUUUGAACUUAGAAAUUUUUAAGCGCGGUUGUUUUAAGAUUUCUAAAAAAACCGCUAUCAUUAACAAUUUCUAAGCUCCAAAGAUCAAAAAUCUGAACUAAUGAAGCUACAUUUAUUUUUAUUGUUAGAGCAAUGAAAUAUUUUUUUUGUUCCUUAUUAUUUCUACUGAUUUAAUCAAUACUAAAUUAUUGCUUAAAAUUGUUCGUCGCGCCAAUUUUUCAACGAUUUAUCAAUGAAUGAGCGGAAUUUUAGCCCGUCCGCAAAUUCAGCGUUAUAUUUAAAAUAUAUCUGUGUUUAGUCCCGAGUUUUUAAAGUUCUCGAUAGCGUAAAAGUUAUAUAGAAUGUUUACCUACGGCUACCGCUCGGGGCGCUGUUACAACUCCAUACAAAUGUGAGUUAACUUUUACGCGAUCGAGAACGUUAAAAAACUCGCACUAAGCACAUUUUCACUAACGCGAGUGUUCGAAAAAGACGAACCGUUCACGUUUAUAAAGUCUUGUUUGGAAAAUGUAUGCGCAGAAUAAAUCCACGAAAUAUUAUAAUAAUAAGUUAACCACUAGGGUUAUUUCUUAAGCCAAGAAUAAAUGAGAGAUUAUUAUGAUUAAAUUUCAGUGUGAUCUAUUCGCCAUAGAAGGCCAUCAGUAUUCUCGCACUUAGUCUAUAAAAUUAUCAUAAAUUUUAAUUAUGAGCACAGAACGUUAUUUUUGUACAUGCUCUUUUAUAUCGAUCUGAGUAACUUUGUUUCGUUGGAAUAAGAUUUAGAACGCAGUCCUGAUGCCUGAACUGUGUUAUUGAACUACCUUCAAAAGUUCAAACGUCAGCACCGUACAUAAUAUUACGAACAUAAGCGGCCCGCUCCGGCUCCGCUCGGGUAUUUAACGAAAAUUUCAACGAUAUUUUACGUUGUUUUAUUUUGUUAAAUAAAAGAACACUUAUUGCGGCAUAACUAUAAUAGUUACACAUAUGCUGUCGGAACACUUUUUGUAAAUAAUAAUGUGUUCUACAAAGUCGUAGUACAUUAUUUUAUUCCAUCAUGAAUAGUUUUCGCAGGGUACGCGAUGUAAAGAAUAUUGGAGUUUUAAUAAGGAUCCCUAAUUUUUUUCAAAAACAGAUUAUAGCCUAUGUCACUUGGGAAUAAUGUAGCUUCCAAACAGUGAAAGAAUUUUUUAAAUCGGUGCAGUAGUUUCGGAGCCUAUUCAAUACAAACAAACAAACAAAUCUGUCCUCUUUAUAAUAUUAGUAUAGAUAAUAUCCUUUUACAUAAAACAUUAAAGACAAUCUAAAAGAUAAUCUUACUAAACCUCCAAUGAUAUCAGAAGUAACAAUUUCCUGCGUAUACACUUGAUAUGGCAUGUAAAUUGAUACAAAAUCUAAACAAAACAACUAUCUGUGAACGAUUCAAAGUUACUCAAAUCGUCUCGUAAUCAUGUCUGCUAAUACAUGUUUCUUCGCUGUAACAAAUCUUGGUACAAAAACGCUACAUCGAAUCGUAAAAUUAUAGCUUAAAUACAUUAUUGUGUAAUUCUAAUGAUAAUUAUGCUUACUAGUUCUAAUGUUCCUAAAGAUAAUACUUUCUAAGAGUCGAGCAAUCAAAAACAUAAUUUUUCGUUACAAUUCUAAUUCUAACACACUAAUUUGUUUUUCAAUAAUUAUUACAACUCUAUUCAAUGUUUCCUAACCCAUUCAUUGUCUUACCUUUUUAACCGAAAGGUCAAGUUAUUUACUAACACGUCAGCAUAGCCUUCAUAUUGUUUUUUUUCUUCCAAAACACAAUUUUUUCCAAAUUUAAUUUUAAACUUGAAAUUUUCAAAUAAUUAUUUUUCUUAACACUAAUCAAUUCUUCGUUUUUUCGUGAUUACACUCUUCACAAUCGAAACAUUUUGAAAUCUAAUUCUUUCUACAUAUUUAAUACAAGAAAUCUUUCGUCUCAAUCUUUCCAUUCCUUUCAUUCGUUCACUUAACGUUUAUAGUGAUAAAAUAUCUUAUAAAUAAACAGACUCGAUAUUUCAAUUAAGAAAACUACAGAGAGAAAUAAAUGUAUAGGUAAUGUUAUAGUAGAAAUAAAUUAGAUAAAAAACUAUUUAUAAUAAGCGUUCAAUUUGAUCAUAGAACAGAUUCAAUUCAAUCCAUUCACUUGUUGCUUACAUUCAUAAGUUCGUUCCAUAUUAUACUGUUUUUUCAAUUACUUUAGUUAGUGACAAGACGAAAUACGGAGUGAUUGAUAUUUUUAUUAUUCACGUUCGGCAUUCGGAAUUGCUUCCUAAAAAAUCAGUAGACUUUUGAACUGAAAGCCUUUUUCAAACCCGCGUGGCUUAGUAUGAUUGUCUUAUCUUAUUCUGCUAUAAAAAAGUGCGUUCGCAGGUUUUUUGGGUAAGAACGAAAAAUAUUUAAAUUGUGAUUUCGACGUCAUCUGUGUGCUUGGUGUGAGUUUUUUAACGUUCUCGAUAGCGAAAAAGUUAAUUCAUAUUUGUAUGGAAUGGGAUCGUUUGCGUACGUUUGCCGCUAGGGGCGCUGUUCCGAUUGCAUAAAAAACUGGCUUAACUUUUACGCUAUCGAGAACGUUAAAAAACUCGCACUAAGCACACCGGUGCUUGGGCGCUGCUAACCAUUUCCUUCCAUUAGAAUUUAUGUCAUGCGAUGAUUGAAAAUUCUGAAGAGCUCGGGUUGGUCGUAAAAGAUCGAACCAAAACACAAUAAAUGUGUUAUAGCUAUAGACAGUGCUAUAAUAAAUAAUAAUAUCGAGGGGUUUGGUAUCAUUAUGGCUUAAGCAACAUUUCGUUUAAUACGCGACUAGAUGAUGACCGAGCUUUACACGGGUUUUUUUUUUUUUGAUAACGCCAUCUUGUUUUGUCUUUAAAGCGGUUAGUUGUCCUCAAUUAAGAAAAAUAGUAUUAUUAUUCGCCAAUAGAUGUCGGGAAGAGUCAUAAAGUUGAUUAUCGAUAAAGUUGAUUAUUGAAAACACGAAUAAAACAGCAUUUUCUGAAAAUAAAUCGUAGCUAGAUCGAUUUAUCGCCCCCGAAAUCCCCUGUAUACUAAAUUUUGUGAAAAUCGUUGGAGCCGUUUCCGAGAUUCAGAUUAUAUAUAUACAAAAAUUACUCGUUGAAAGGUAUAAGAUAUUUAUCUUUUUAAUUAAAAGUCCGUUUUAUUUGGUAUCAGCAUCAACAGUUCGACAUUUUUAAUUGGACUUCAAUUAAGUUUACCCCAUUCAAAAUAACUGAAGAAGUUUUUUUGUUACGAUAUUUUUUCCCAACUCUAAACAGCUCUUCUGGAUAGUUGCGAAAAUGUUGCUUUAACCAAAUAGCCAAUAGCCCCUCGAAAUAAUAACAGUCUGUCGUAACGAUUACGAAUGCCUAGCGAUUUUUAUAUAAUAGUUGAAGCGCAUCCGUGAACAGAAAAACGGGUUCAAUCUUGAUUCCUAGACAAAAUGUAGAUUAUGGUUAUACUAUUAUAAAAUAGUCGUCUGAACGCUAGCUUAGUGCUGUAUAUUGUGAUGUGGAAGAAAAUUAAGACUGGGAGAACGAAAAUAUGUUAAGAAGUUGCUUUAGUGUUAAUAAUUCUUAGCGGUCGAUCUAUUGCGAGAAAGACGCGGAUAUAGACAGAAAUGAAUCCGAUAUUAUUAUGCGUACUGAAUCCGUUGAAAAUUUGAACUUAUGUUACGGUCCUCUAAGUUUAUAGUUGCAUGAAUUGGUUCUGGCCCAUAUGUUCUCUCGCCUUGUAUCCAGAGAAUUUUUAAAGUUACUGUUACUGCCAAAAGUAGGUUCGUGCACUGUAGUAAUGUUAUGUUUACUUGGGAGAAGUUUCACCACGAGACUUGACGCGAUGAUCCAUGCUAUUUGGGUCUUUAAAUCUUGUAACGAGAAAAAGAAAAGAGGUUCGAUUGCAAAUCGAUUUGAAAAGUGAAACACCUUUUUAAUCGAAAAAUAAAGUAGGUAUGUAAAAAAAGUAUCGAUUCAUAAUAUAAACAGUGCAGAAAACGAAUUCGAAUAGUAAAAUCGGAUGUCAAUAAGACAAAUACCAGAGAUACGUUAUCAGAAGCGUUAAGAAAACAAAAACCAAAAUAUUCAAUAAACUAAUUCAUUUUAUCGAAACAAUAGAACCAAAUUCACAGUAUGGCCACUUAUCUUGAGCUAAAAUUCGAUGUUUUUGCAACAAAUAUUCUUAAAAUUGUUUUCCAGUGUAUCCAUGUACUUAUAACGGUUGUACGCGUUAGGGGUGAGAUUUACAAUACGGAUUGUUACUUUUUAAAAUAUGAAUAGUACUUGGGCAAACAAUUUUCCUCCCUUUGAUGCAUGAGUUAUAUCUAUGUAGUUAUAUUCGCGAAUUACAAAUUAUUCUGGAGUUAUUUAUCGUAAGAAAUUGCAUAAAAUUUAAUGACAAAGGAAACAUUCCAAAAUUAUUAUUUUUUGUUUUUUUUUUUUAUUGUAGCAGAAACCGAGGAAAUUUCUAAAAAGACAAGACGUGGUCACAGAUUAUGCGAAACGUGUUGAUCUGUCUCUAUGCUUUUAUAUCGUUAUUUACUUAUCAUUAGCUAUGUAGUUAUUUACGUCACAUUGACUCGUCAAUACUUCCAAACAAAGAAGUAAGUAUAAUUAGAAAACAAAUGGAUGAUUUAAUUUUAUGUGGCGCAGAUAAAAUUUAAUCUAAAAACCAAACAUCAUGCGGACUGCGGAUCACAAGUGCCGAAAACAUUAGAACUUUUUAAUGUUGGAAUGUAAUUCGUUGAAUAAGUCCAUAAUACUUGACUUGCGCCGAUACUCAUAUUAAACAAUUGUAUUUUAUUUGUUUUAAAUUUGAUAUUCCUUGUUAAAACUAAAAAAAAAUUUGCUCAUCCAACAUUACGUUUCGGAAUUGUUACAAAAUGUUAAAAAUGAAUUCGGUUCACCCGCAAAAAAAUUAUAUGUAGCAAAAAAUGCGCUGUUUCUCUAUGUGACCACUUCUUUAAUUGUGUCACAACAAAAUUCGAAGAGCAACUGAUCUAUUAAUGCUUAAUUUUUUGGUGUUGCCAUAAACAAAUUUACGGAACGUCACUAUCGGCAUGGGCAGUCUGUUAAGAACGUAUUGGCCUUAUGCUGUUACCGUUCUGCCAAUAUCUACCAAUGAUACCGCUUACUUAAGUUUAUUAUUAAUGCUUUAUAUUAAAGUGAUUUUAGGAAAUAAGGGACAGUUUAAUCAAUAGUUUUUUUUUAGAAAAAAAUUUAACAUGUUUUAGUGCGAUAAGUUACUAAAAUUUUGGGUUUGUAUUUGCAAAGGUUUUUUAUAUUAUUAAGAUGAAAAAUAUGAGAAUAGAGUUGUUGAUAUUUUUUUAAUGCAUAUCGGUUCGCGAUGAUUUGAUUUCCGGACUGACUUUACGUGUUUUUUUAAAUUAAUUCUGAUCGUUAUUUUACAAAUAUGAUCCUGAAACUGAUUUAUGUAUCACUUUUAUAAUCGAAUCCAUUGUAUAACCGAUAAUGUUUCGAAUAUGUUUACCUUAGUUAUUUUGUUUUAUAGUUUAAAAAAAUACGGCGUUAUUGUAAACUCAUGGACAACAUUAAAUAUUAUAAAUAUUUUAAUUAUAUAGUGAUCGUUAAUAAUAUGGUAUUAUGUUUAGAAUCUCUUGCCAGUUUACAGUUGAUAAAAUAUUUUUAUUUGUUGUUUAUGGUUUUUAAUUAUAAGUUACUUUGUCUGUGGUGAUGUUUUAUUAAUAAGAGUAGGUGGACUUUUUGGCGGGAACGCGAGGAGUGAAGUUGUGUGAUUUGUUUUAUUUUGUCUAUUUAGUGUUUCUUCGGGUUUAAAUGUGUAAUAAUGGUGGUUUAUUAACCGUUUAAUAUCUGUGAAAGUGCACAAAUGUGGGAAAAUGAAACAAAGCCGCUGGACGUAACUUCUCGGGAUCCUCCAAAAAGUCCACUGAAAAAUCUUAGUAAAUGACCACCAUUUUACUGAGAUUAGAUUUCAUCUCAUAUCAUCUCAUUUAAUUUCAUCCUAGUUGAUUAAUGUCUCAAAUUAAUCAUUUUCAUUUCAUUUCACUCCAUAAUAUCAUUUUUCAUAAAAUUAAGAAUAUAGAUUAAAAUAAGAAAUGACUUAAAGGUCUCAGUUACCAGGUCAUAAAAUCUCUUAAAAAAAAAAAAAAAAUAAGAGUAGGUACAUACAUACAUAAGUUUUCUGUUUUUUGUUUGUUUUAUUUUAUGUUAUGAAGUUACUGUUACUGAUUUUCUUUAAACAGGAAAACAUUGAAUACACUUUUAUGUUUACGUAAGUUGUAGGAUUAAAUAAAGAAAUAAUAUGCAAUUUUAAGCUGGAGAAAUAUAUUUUUCGAAUUUUGAAAAUGCAUUUGAAAACAUUUGCAAAGGACAAUGAAAAGCUUGUCGUUAAGCGUGAAUGUACACAAAUAAAUUAAGUACCAUUAUUAUAUUUCGAUGCCUCCAAUGAACACUACGCUAACUCCAAAUUCGUAGGUUUACAGGAGGAGCGUUUAAACGAAAAAAGCUGAUAAAAUCUUUAUUAUUGCAGAUAUAUUUAUGGUUUUUGCUUGUGUAACCAGCUGAUUUACUCUUGCUUCGAAUCCCAUCAAUAAUGAUUUGUAAUACUUUUAAAAUAGUGAAGCGAUUUGCGUGAAAACCGAAAAUUUAAAAUUUUUGACUUAGAGUAGUGUUCAUUGGAGGCAUCGAUUUAUAGGUUAUCUAUACUGAUCUCACCCAAUACACACACACAGACGAAAGCUAUGUUUGCUUUGUUGGAUUGAUAAAAAGACUUAAAAAUAUAUUUUCAAAACAAGAUAUAAUUGCAUCUUAUUUGGUAAUUAUAACGCAUGCUUUAUUACUACUAUUAAUUAAGCAUAUGCUUACUGAAUAUUUAAACAAUACAUAUGAAAGUGUUCGAUAAAUUUUAUAACAAUUGUUAUAAAUGCUGGUUCGCAUAAAAUUAUUUCCUUGGAACUGUGUCGUAUAAUACUGCAACUCUUUGUACAAUAAUAUAAAAAACACAACACAUUAUCUAUGGAUGUCAAUUUGAUUUUGUACAAUAAAAUUAAAAAAUCACAUUCUCUAUGGUCGUUAAGUCCAUUGUUUAGAUAUUAAUUUUUUAUCUUACAAUAUAUAAGGUUUAAUUUCACAUACAGUAAGUAUCAAAUAACUUUAUUUUAAAUACUUAAUUGCGUGUUUAGCGUUGGAUAGAAACAUUCCAAGAGAUGAGAACAUUUAAUAAAAUGGGAAGCUGUUUAAGUGUUGUGUUUACAUUGUCCACGGAUAGUUAUUGCUUAAGUUUUUUAUUUCGAAUCUCAUUGUUAAUAUUUAAAAAAUAUUUCAUGCAAUACCAAAUAUUUUUAUUUUUUUUUCUUCUUUUUUUCAGUGAACGGUAUUAUAUUAUAUUUUUGUAACAUCCGUUUUUUAUAGUAGUUUAUGUAAUACAAAGUGAAGAAUAUUGAGGUGAAAUUGUUGUGAUGUUUUAAAUCAUUUUCAUUAAAACGCAUUUUUCACAUGUAA